AUGUACGAGUUUGGAUGGGAACGUGUUGCCUGCCUGUGGUGGAGCCUGGUGUUGCCGCGUAUUACAGGUUGCCAAAUGGCAUUCAGCACGUGUACCAUAAUACUGACCGUAUUAUACUGUGUACACGUCCCUAGUGAACUCGUUUCUGCAAGCGUUCCUGAACGUAUUUUGCACGAAGAGAGCUGGUCCACAGACUUGCCACGCGCUCUGAGUCAUGAGGGCCAGCCCAUUUUACUGGCGGGUUUCGUUGUGAUAGGCACCCGGCACGCGCGGUCGGUCACAAGUGUACCUCCCAGGAACUCGGAGGUACCUGUUAGACGUGGCAACAAACGCAAGGCUCUGGGAAGCGCGAAUCUACGCGCGUACCGAGCGUGGCUACAUGCACGAACUUACCCUUUUUACUUAAAAGUGUCCACUCAGGAAUGGACCAUUCCUAUAAUGUACACUUACGAUUUUUUCAGAAUGGGUCGUAAGACGGCGCUGAAGAAAUUUUGA